CUUGAAUGGCUUCAUCAUCCUGGUCGUGCCCUGUCCAUCUCGUAAGGUGCGCGAACCUUUCUGCUUUGGCUAAUACUAUCGUCACUUUCCUCAACGCUUGGUGAUCAGAUCAGUUAGUAUUCUUCACUCUCCCGGAGGAACGGUAGGCGUCAGAGCAAUUGUCACCUAGCUACUUUCGCUACACCCCCCGGUUUCCCUUCCAUCCUACUACGACCGCCAUCAUGUCCAAAACAGUCCACAUCGAGUCCACUGCGCAGUUUUCUGCCCUCCUUUCCUCCUCCACUAUCGUUGUCGCCGAUUUCUAUGCCGACUGGUGCGGCCCUUGUCGCCAGAUUGCGCCCAUCUACGAACAACUGUCUGCCCAGUUGUCGCGACCAAACAAGAUCACCUUCGCGAAGGUUAACACCGAUCAGCAGGUAGACCUUGCUAGGUCCUAUGGCGUCAAGGCAAUGCCCACGUUCAUGAUCUUCAAGAAUGCGCGACGGAUCGAGUUCAUCGAGGGUGCAGACCCGAAAAGACUGUCGGAGGUGGUGAAGAACCUAGCAAACGAGGCAAACAAGAUGGAAACAGAAGAAGCUGGCGAAAGUUCAAGUGGCGGUACAUGGGUUGGCGCAGAACUACCUCGAGGAUACGUGGAUAUCACUGACCAGGUCGACUUCCUGGGCCUGGAGUUGCUGAAUUGGGAUUCGUCUCACGGAAAUGCCAGAAAAUUGAUCAGCGGCGACAAGCCACGAGGUACACCAGAAGCCAAAGUGGACUUUGUGCAAAGCGACUCGGACGAGCAAUUGAUGAUCUACAUCCCCUUCCAAUCUACCGUCAAGAUCCACUCAAUACACCUCACUUCCCUCCCAGACAACACUGACGACGACGAGUCCCCAAGCAGACCGAAGCUCAUCAAACUCUUCACCAACAAACCUCACAUCCUCGGUUUUGACGAAGCUGACGGCGCACCAGCAACACAGGAAGUCACAUUGUCAGAAAAUGACUGGAAUUCUAAGACAGGCACUGCGAAAAUCGAUCUCCGGAUCGUCAAAUUCCAGAAUGUUUCCAGCUUGGUGAUGUUCGUUGUAGAGAGCGAGGGAGACAACGAAAAGGUCAGAUUGGACCGGAUAAGGAUCAUUGGCGAGACCGGAGAGAAGAGAGGUGGCAAGAUCGAGAAGAUCGCAUCCGAUGACUGAUUGCUCAAUACUGGAGACAUGACCAUGAGAUAUGAGAGAUGAUUGCAUUCAGAACAAGAGAGAAGACAAAAGCCAUAGAUUAGGGGAUACAGUUGAUACGAAAAGUCCAAAGAGAUAGCCUGCUGCUCUAGCAAUCAUGGGCUUGAUAUCCAUCAUGCUCGCCAGAUGAAGCCAAAAGUUCCGACCCUUGCGCGAAUACAAGCAUUCUCUCCCC